GCCGACGCAAGUUGAGCACGCCGGCGGCUAAGGAGGGAAACAGACCGGAAUAGUCCUAAUGCUCAUUGAAAUUUACGAUUAUGCUGCGAAAUUAUUAAACAAUAUGACCGCAAGAGGAGGCAGGGAAACAUCCGGAAAAGAGAAAGCAGGCGAAUCCAUUAACAACCAAUCUACAGGGAAUCUUAGGGGCCUGGUUAAACGCACCCUGGCCAAAGUGGCCCGGGCCAAUCCCGCCCAGCACGUGUCCAAUCUGCCCGUUUCCGCCCUUCUGCUCCAGGCCCUUGACGCGGCGGACGUGGCCCACGGCCAGCGCAUCGAUCAUCCGACCCGUGGGCCGGCGGCGGAUGUGCUGCCAGGACUCCUCGGCGACCAGCCGCCCGGUCUCCUGCCGGAAAACGCCACCGGUAGUCCGCUGGCGGGGAAUGGGGGCGCGGACGUGUACCUGCCAGCAGGCAAUCUCAGCGGUUUCAUCGAGUCCUCGACGACGGCGGUGAUAAGCUCGCUCCCCACCAGCAGCAUGGCCACCUUCCAGGCCCAAACGGUGGCCACCUUUAUCGCCGCCUCCGGCAGCAAGAAUCGCCCAACGACCAUCGUUGUCUACCCAACGGUUUCACCCGAAUCGAUCGUAAUUCCGAUCGUCUCCUGCAUCUUCGGCUUCCCGAUCCUGGCGCUGAUCGUGAUCUGCUGCCUGCGGAGGCGGGCCAAGCUGGCCCGGGAAAGGGACAGGAGGCGCAACUACGACAUGCAGGACCAUGCCGUCAGCCUGGUCAGAUUUAGUCCAAUACAUAGGCUUAAUUACCGAUCGUCGCGAGCUAUCAGUCUACGUCCUGAACGAAGCCUAAGCCAGGGCUUUACUUCCCUGGAGCUGGACACUGUGCUGGAGGAGCGCUGCAGUGACGUGGAGCAGACCCAGACGGAGAUGUUCCACCCGGAGUCGCCGAUGGACACUACCUCCUACAAAAUGUCCUUUUCCUCGAGCUAACAGUUAGCCAAGCAGCAGCUGGAGCGGGCUGACGCGCCUGCGUCCGAUCAGUGCCAGCCCAAAUCCGAGUGCCAGGAGCCAGGAGAGAAGGUUCCAUCACUGGCCAAAUCCACACAACUGGUGCCUCCGGCGCAGCUGCGCAAGGCGGCCAGUGUGCGGGACGAUCCGGCUGCCCUAACCAAGCGGAGGAGUCGCCUCCAGGAGCUCCGGGCUGCUAGUAGUACUGGAGGAGGCGGCCAGGCAGCUGCCGCAUUUACCAAGCGGGAGUCCAAGCGGGAUCGCCGGCAAGGCGCUGCAGAAUCAGGACCAACUAGAAUUGGGGAAUCCCCGGCCAUGCGAAAAUCCCACUCCUUGGACGCCGCCGAAAGCUACUCGCUGGCCAGCAUCCAGGCCCCGCUCUGGGUAACCCUCACCAACGCCAGAACCAUCGACGAGCUGGCUCAGCAGAAGCUGUGAGCUCCAACUUCAGCUGCACUUGCAUCUCCACCUGGCCCCAGCUCUAGUCCAUCAGAACCGUUCAAGCAUACCUACAACGGAGUCCACACCCCGCCUAAUAGAAAAGCUGUAAAUGUUUAGAUGAAGUUUUCAAUUAGCAUCAUUACUUACACAAGAUAUAUUUGCAUCAUUAACUAAGCGAAGAAAAUGCAAUGAAAUUUAAGACCAACCGAUAUAGUAAAUGAAACCU